AUGGAUUCUUCUAAUGACCUUAAUGAAUCUCAGGUAGAACAGAAAAAUCGUUCCAAAGAAGAAAUUGUAUUCAAAAAAAAUGCUAAACAAAUAUAUUCGUUAAACCCUUAUAAAUAUAUCGAUUACUCCUAUUUGUUGGAGUUUAAUUUAUUAAGGUUAAUGGGAAUUGAAAUGUCUUCUGUUCAUGAAAAUUAUCAGACCAACAGAGGUGGUUAUUGGAGAGAUCGAAUCACUAAUGGAAUCAAUUUUCCACCUCUUCCUAUAGACGGCUCUCAUAAUUCAGAGAAUGGGUUUUCUUCUCCUUUGCAAUGUAAAAAUCACCAGACUGAAAAUAUUGCUAUUGACGGUUCUUCUGAAGAUUCUUUUCAUAGUUCUGUUAGCGAAAAUGGAAAAGUUAACAAGAAACUCACUGGGCCAAAAGACAAUAAAGGAAACAGGGUCAAUAAUUCUGUGUAUUACUAUCAUAAUAAUAGAUAUCAUCAUGAAUUUCCAUUCUAUCAUCACCCUAGUCACAACACACAAGGAUACGGAAAAAGAAAACACAAUUCAGGGCACCGUUCACCUUUGGAAUACGCGCUUCAAAGCAUUUAUAGAAACCGCGGUCAAUAUCAUAAUAAUAAUCACUGUCGGACGUCACACAGUUACACUGACCUUAGUUCAAAUCAUGGUAGCAAUCGUCAAUACGGGAGAAGAAUGUUUAUAACGAAAAAUCAAAAUUUUUCAUCGAAUGUACUGCCUGAUAAAUUUUUAGCAAAAGCUCAUUUAAUGCAAGUUACCAAAGUUCCUAGUGAAUUAAACGCGGCUGGAGAAUGGGGAAAAUUAUCAAAUCACAUUUACAAUAGGUUUUUAACAAAUCAACAAACGGCGGAAACUCUUAAAAAAAAAAUAACACUUUGGAGAUAUCUUUUCAUAUUUAUAAGAAAUAAUUUUCCUAAAUAUGGGUUAUUUUUAGUUGGAUCGACCAUGAGUGGAUUCGGUAGCAAUGAUUCGGAUGUUGAUAUGUGUUUAUUAGUGAGACACACGGAAAUGGAUCAGAAAAAUGAAGCCGUUUCUCAUUUAGGCCAAAUCUCAAAGUAUUUAAAAAAUUGUGAUUUUGUAGAUCAAGUUGAAUUGAUACAAGCAAAAGUUCCGAUACUCAAAUUUCGUAGUUUAGGAUUUGAAGUCGAUUUAAAUUGUAACAAUGCAGUCGGUAUAAGGAACACUCAUUUAUUAUAUUGUUAUUCUCAACUGGACUGGCGAGUUCGACCUUUGGUGUUAAUUGUUAAACUUUGGGCAGCUAAACAAAACAUCAACGAUGCGAAAAACAUGACAAUUUCAAGUUAUUCACUUGCCCUCAUGGUCAUUCAUUAUUUACAGUGUGGAGUAAGUCCCCCCGUGUUACCGUGUUUGCACGACGUGUAUAAAGAAAAAUUUAAUCCCCUUUCAGAUAUAAAUCAAAUUGAUUUACACGAAGAACUUAAACCCUAUAAUUCACAAAACGAACAAUCAUUAGGAGAGCUUUUAGUUGGUUUCUUAUUGUAUUAUGCAAAUUUUGAUUAUUCCGUGUAUGCAAUAUCCGUGAGACUAGGUUCAAAAGUAAAUAUCGAAGAAUGCAGGAGAGCGAAAUCUCUUAAAAACGAGCCUCAUCAGUGGAAAUAUCUUUGUAUUGAAGAACCAUUCGACUUGACGAACACAGCACGAGCGGUUUACAACGCCAUUAGGUUUCAAAGGAUAAAAAAAGUUUUUUACGAAUCUCAUAAAUAUUUAGAAAAAACGCGUUGUUUGGAUUCCAUAUUCGAUCUUGAAUUUUAA